AUGCACAGCUCAACUCUAACUGGCGCCUUUCUGGCAUUACCCGCACUACUGGCCAAUAUCACAACAGCUUCGCCGAUCGCAAGUCGCCAAAACAGUCCGCAAUCCGCUUCGAUUUAUGAGACGCGGUUCCCUAAUGUCACUUGGAACAACGACGCAUGGACUUUAACAACAACCACGUUAGACCAAGGUCACUACCAGUCGCGUAUAUCGCUCGGCAAUGGCUACAUAGGGAUAAAUCUUGCGGCGCUUGGCCCAUUCUUUGAAUACGAUCAGCCUGUCAAUGGAGACGUGCUUAAUGGCUGGCCACUCUUCGACCGGCGGCAGACAUUCGCUACGGUGGGAGGGUUUUGGGAUAGUCAGCCUACCACGAAUGGUUCGAAUUUUCCUUGGCUUUAUCAAUAUGGAUGGGACACUGCUAUCAGUGGCUUACCACAUUGGGCAGGUAUCGUUGUCGAGGCUGGCGACGCUGUACUGCACGCAAGCACGAAUGCUGGUCAGAUAAGUAACUUCUCUUCUUACAUUGACAUGAAGCACAGUGUCAUGAACUGGGCGUAUACAUGGUCGCCAUCUCCUGGCAAUGCUUUCCAUGUGUCGUAUCAAAUGUUCCUGCACAAGGUCGACGUAAAUCAAGCGUAUGUUACCAUGAACGUUACUGCGCGCUCAGAUUCCACCAUCAAUCUUGUGAAUGUACUGGACGGCGACUGCGCUCUGCGAACAAACCCUGUUGAGAAAGGACACGAUGGUGAUUUUCUGUUUUCCGCCGUGUCUCCUUAUGGUGUUCCCGAUGUUACUGCUUACGUUUUCACGAAUAUGGCGGUACAAGGGGGCACACCUGUCGCGCUUGUCAGUGCGUCAGACGCAGGAUACAAUGCAUCAUAUAUCGGCAGAAAUAUAUCUUCGAUCGCCGCUGCCCAAGAAGUUCACAUUCGAGCAGGAGAAACGAUUACAGCAACCAAAUACGUUGGAAUUGCAUCCACUGACGCCUUUGCAAAUCCGCGCCGAACAGCUCAGGAUGCAGCACGAGCCGCUGUUGACAUAGGGUACAGUGCUGCCUUGGAAUCACAUAUGUCGGAAUGGGAAACCUUGUUUCCUUCUACGUCUGUGGACAACUUUGCUUUUCCCGAGAACGGAUCUUUGCCUGAAGACGCUUUCGUUGUCGAAGCUCAAAUUAUGGCUGUGGUCAAUCCCUUCCAACUUCUUCAGCAGACUAUCUCUGAGAGUGCGCAAGACCGCGUCGGAAACGCCACAAUCAAUAGUCACAGUAUAUCUGUUGGAGGGAUGGGCUCGGAUUCCUAUGCAGGGCAAAUCUUUUGGGAUGCUGAAGUGUGGAUGCAACCCGGUCUCGCAGCGACAUUCCCAUACGCAGCUCGAGGUAUACUGAACUAUCGAGUGGAGCGAUAUCCACAGGCACAGGAAAACCUUCAGACGAACUAUCAAUCCUCAAAGAAUAACACGUCUUUCUCACCAGAAGGCGCGAUCUUUCCUUGGACAUCAGGUAGAACAGGCAAUUGCACGGCCACAGGUCCAUGUUGGGACUACGAGUAUCACCUAAACGGUGAUAUUGGUCUUAGCUUCAUCAAUUAUUGGCUCGCAUCAGGAGACACGGAGUUCUUCGAGACUGAGUUGUUACCUGUCUACGACUCUAUCGCUAUCACAUUAUCAGAGCUUCUCGAACGAAAUGGAACUCAAUGGAUGCUGAGAAACAUGACCGAUCCUGAUGAGUUUGCCAACCAUAUCGACAAUGGAGGUUUCACAAUGCCGCUGAUCGGCGACACGCUAGACAACGUCAAUGCCUUCCGGGAGUACUUCAAUCAGACCGUGAACACCACUUGGUAUGAUCAAGCAGAAAACGUAAUUAUUUCGAAGAACCCAAAUGCGAACAUCAUCCUUGAGUUCACUGGUAUGAAUGCCAGUAUAAAUGUCAAGCAAGCGGACGUAGUGCUUGUCACAUACCCGCUUAGCUAUGACGGUCAGGACUACGAUACAGAAGACUCUCUGGACGACCUGAACUGGUAUGCCAAUAAGCAAUCCCAAGAUGGACCUGCUAUGACAUACUCAGUGUUUGCGAUUGUGGCCAAUGAAGCAUCUCCAUCUGGAUGCUCAGCUUAUACCUAUCAGCAGUAUUCUACUUUCCCCUAUGUCCGUGCUCCAUGGUUCCAGUUCAGUGAGCAGCUCAUCGACAACUAUGAGGAAAACGGUAACUUCCAUCCAGCAUAUCCAUUCCUCACGGGCCACGGUGGCGCCGAUCAGGUUGUCCUCUUUGGUUAUCUUGGUUUCCGUUUCGUGCCGGAUUGGGUACUUCACAUUGAUCCAAACCUUCCUCCCCAAAUACCCCAGAUCACAUAUCGCACCUUUUACUGGCAAGGAUGGCCAAUAUCAGCAUAUUCUAACCAGACUCAUACAACACUAUCGCGCACUUUUUCAGGACCACUUGCGUCGGGUGCUGUGCCAAACUCGACCUUUGAGUCCGCGCCGAUCCCGGUCGCCCUCGGUCCUGUCAACGGCGAGCAGAUUGAUGGUGCAUCCUCGACAAAAUGGCAACCAGCCCACGCAAAUGAGACGGCACAAUUGACGAUCGAACUCGAGACAGGUCACCGCGUGCUCGGCUUCGGCUUCGAAUGGGGUGACGCCCCUGCAUACAACUACACGUUGUGGUUCCAUAACGAUUCCUCAAUGAGCUCAGAUUUUGGCAUUGCGACCGCACAAAACAUCGUCCAAGGAGCCACUGUACAAAUAUCCGAGCCAUUUGAGCCUCAGAAUGUCGCUGUCAUCGCUCCAAUUGGACAGAACACCAGUGAGCUUUGGCUCAACGGCACGCAAAUAUUCACUACUGGAGACUUGUUGUUCAGUGGUGAAUUAUGGACGAGCAGGUACAUUACGUUGCAGAUGUGGGGAAGUCUGUACAAUAGUAGUUACACAGCUCAGAAUAUGAGUGGGGAGGGUGCGACGCUUGCCGAGUUCAAGGUGAUUGUCGAUGAUUUGGAUACUUGA